UCUGCAAAACAAUAUCGUAUUCAAGCGACACAUCCACAGGAAACAAUGGCAACCCUUUACAGAGGACAAUCUAGGAGGGACAAACCUAGAGGGCGACAGCAUGGUUUAACUCAACAGAAGAGGCAAGAGAUAAAGGAAGCAUUUGAGCUAUUUGAUACUGAUGGCUCAGGUACCAUUGAUGCCAAAGAGUUGAAUAUUGCCAUGAGAGCCUUGGGAUUUGAAAUGACAGAGGAGCAAAUCAAUCAAAUGAUUGCAGAUGUUGACAAGGAUGGCAGUGGUGCAAUCGAUUUUGAUGAAUUUGUGCACAUGAUGACUGCAAAGAUUGGAGAAAGGGAUACCAAGGAGGAGCUCAUGAAAGCUUUCCGAAUAAUUGAUCAAGAUAAUAAUGGAAAGAUAUCUGCUGCAGAUAUUCAUCUUAUUGCAAAGGAAUUGGGUGAGAACUUCUCCGACUCAGAGAUUAAAAGGAUGAUUGAAGAAGCAGACCUUGAUCGUGAUGGUGAAGUCAAUGCUGAUGAGUUCAUCAGGAUAAUGAAGAAAACUUCGUAUGGGUAUUAGGACUUUGAUGUUAAAAGUUCCUUGUAUGUAGGUAAUCAUCCUCGUCCUAUGAAGCAUUACUGAAGCCACCUGGCACCUGAAAGCAUGACAGAAGGCUCCCUGUUGCCUAAUUUAAUUUUGACAACCCAUAUGUGCGGAUCAGGUUGUUUCUGUCCUGUUAAUUCUCUAUAUAUAGGGCUUAAUGUUAGAUAACCUGUUUUGGACAUGUGGACAUUUACUGUAUUGCAAUACACUGGUGUUAGGUGUCUAAGCAUAUUUUUAUUCAGUCUGCAUCUAAUGAAUGAUAACAGUUAUUUUUAUCAG